UAAACCACCACUUAAAGGCGUGUUGUUUGAAGUUUUAGGUUAUUUAAUUUUAGUGUUUUCAAAUAUUGUAUGAAACAAUGUCGUUUCGAGGCCGUGGCGGUGGUGGCGGUGGUGGACGUGGUGGAUUUGGUGGUCGCGGCGGAGGCGGAGGCAGAGGUCGAGGUGGAUUUGGCGGUGGAGGUGGUCGUGGACGAGGCGGUGGCGGCGGUGGAGGUUUCAGACAGCAACAAGACUAUGGACCUCCAGAAUCAGUUAUCCCUCUAGGACAUUACGGCUGGACUGUUCAAGACGAUCUAGUUUGCAAGGUGGACAUAGAGGAUGUGCCUUACUUUAAUGCCCCUAUAUAUCUUGAAAAUAAAGAACAGAUAGGAAAGAUUGACGAGAUAUUUGGCAACCUGCGAGACUAUUACGUGUCUGUGAAGCUCGGGGAGAAUAUAAAAGCGAAGAGUUUCAAAGAGGGUCAACAAUUUUUCAUCGAUCCAGCAAAGUUGUUACCUCUGAAGAGGUUUCUGCCACAGCCGCCAGGUGCCAAGCGUGGCGGCGGAGGCCGAGGAGGCCGUGGGGGACCACGUGGUGGACGUGGGGGUGGUGGUGGAUUUGGAAGAGGCGGUGGCGGCGGCGGUCGCGGGGGUGGUUUCAAUAGGGGAGGGGGCGGGCGAGGCGGUGGCGGCUUCAAUCGCGGUGGUGGCGGUUUUGGUCGAGGCGGCGGCGGAGGGCGAGGUGGCGGCUUUAGAGGUGGCCGCGGUGGAAGAUAGUGAAAUUGACCACUUAUUAAUAGAUCAGAGUAUUGACAGAAUGUUUAUAAUGUGCAUAUUAAGGACACAUAUUUGUGGAUGGCCCUCGCCAUCCAAACAGUGAACUAUCCUCUAUAUUUGGUGUAUAUAAUCUAGAUAUUAAAUUCUUUAGAUCUUAAUUUGAUUUUUGAUAUAUUUUAAUAUCAGUAAAAUAUUAAGAAACAAAUUUGUCAUAAGUAAAACAUGUUUUGUUGUUGUAUCACUCCGAUAUUCUAUUCCCUGUUCAUACAUAAAAUUAUAUGUUUGUAUGGCGAGGGCCAACAUAAUGUAAUAAAUAAAAUUGUAUUUUUAAUUAUA